AUGUCUGAAAACAUGUCGAAUGCACCAAUAUUUUCCUUAGAUGUUGAUAGCAUUCCUGAUGGGUUAACUGUUUUUGCUGCAAACCCAAGUGUAAAUGAGUUCCUCCAGGCUGAGGAGGGCCCAUUUGUGCGGCUAAGGGAAAAAAUGGCAAGAAGCUGCGGCCUUGUUGAAACCCUGUGGGGACACACUAAUCCUGAAAAGCAGGAAUCCAUUGGCAACAUGCUUGAUGAGGCUGGCAUUACAGAUGAUCUUCAGUUUGAAAGAUUUCUCAAUAAACAUGGAAAAUCACUGCAGGAGGUGAUGAAAAACCUCUGGCACUACCAUCCAGCUGUCAACGCCAAGGCUGGAUGGCAGUCCUGGCUGAAACUUCAAUGGACAGACAGCAAGGAGGCCGCUGUACAACUGAAGCAAGAGUUGAUGGCCCUUGAGUCACAAUACCCUGAUAGAAAAGAAGAGGCCAAAGCAAUGUAUCAAAAACUGCUGACUCACUAUGCUGAUAUCAGCAUGAGCAAGGGUGAAAAGGAGAUCAGUGUGAAUGAGGGUAUGUUUUUACUCGCAAAGUCCACUGCCACCUACACAGCCCAGGUGACAGCACUGAGUACAUAUUACAAUAUUGGAGUGGCCAUUCUAGGCUUUAUUGUUGAUGAAUCACUUCCUCCUGUGGAAUCAACAAUUGCAUUUACCAGUUCACACACUGUGGCAGAAAUGGUUAAAAUGCUACAAGUUCCAAUCACUCAGGAAGCUGCACUGGCAAUGUGCCAGCUCUAUGAUGGCUUGUCCACAUUUAGGUUUGAGGGAGAGAGGUCCAGCAACAAAGAUGUUACUCUUUCUCACCUGAUGAAUGAAAACCUUGGAGAAGAUGCAGAGAUGAAGCUUGAAGAUGUGGAGGUGGAGGUAGAUGAAGUUGACAUCCAUACACCACAGCUGGUGGGAUCACUUACUUCGGCAGACAACAAAUUUGGCAACCAUUCACAAAGACAUACUCAGUGUGGUGCAUUGCUCAAAAACCUGAUAGGGGAAGCUGUUGGUCAGAAAACAAUCAGUGCUAGUUGGGGCACUAGCAAGAUAUUCCCAUUUUUACUUGAAAACCACCUGCACUUCAAGAACUGGCAUCGUGGCGUUCCCCUCCUAAACAAAAAGCUCCCAUCUUCAUGGAGUCCAUGCAAAAGUGCAUGCUGCAUAGUGGUGCUCACCCAUGAGCGCUUGGAAAUCAAACUAGAGGUAGUUAAAAUGACGCUGGCAAAGGAAAUGAGCUCACACCUAGUUGGGCAGAUGAGCAUGAAAGGCAUGAAGUCAUUCAUUAUGCCCUGGAUAGAGAUGGCAAUAUCCUUGCCUAUUCUCUCAGAAAGAACGAUGCAGUUAGAAGCACAGCCAAGGUGUCCUGCUUGGAGAAAAGGAAGGUUGCAAGCUCACCUAUUGAGGAGGAUGUGGUGCCCAAGACCCCACCCCAGAAAUGACAGAAGCACUGUUCCAGAGGAGAUUAUGCUGACAAACGACUUGCACUCAGCGAAGGCAAGCAACAACGCCACCACCGCAGCCCAGACCAAGGUGGAACCAGAAAACAUCCCGGAGGCUGCAGCUUUCAAUGGCCUGGAUCUUGCCAACAUCUUAAAUGACGAGAUUUUCGUGGAAGCAUCAGGAGACAUGGCAGAUGGUGGCUGA